AUGGCGUCCUCAACCAAUAUUAAGGUUGUUUGUCGGUUUCGGCCCCAAAAUGCUCUCGAACUCAGAGAGGGCGGCGAUAUCGUAGUCGCCUUCGAUGAGAAUCUUCAGACCGUGCAGAUGAAGAACUCGCAGGCCGUUUCUGGGCCAGAGAAGGAUGGAUUCACAUUCGACAGAGUUUUUCUGAUGGGCACAAAACAACACAAAGUAUUCGAUUACGGUGUUAAAGACAUUGUGAAAGCGCACUCUCAUACAUCCAGCGUACCCUCUCACAUCCUCCCUCAUACCCUCUCGUAUCCUCUCUCAUACCCUCUCGCAUCCUCCCUUCAUACCCUCUCAUAUAUCCAACGCAUCCUCUCGCAUCCUCCUUCGUACCCUCUCAUAUAUCCACUGCACCCUCCUGCACCCUCUCUCGCACCCUCUCUCGCACCCUCUCGCACCUACAAUGCACCCUUCAGGGAUGUAUUAAAUCCAUAG